CUUCCCCAACUGAGCUCACAAAAUCAGAUUUUGGCGCUCGAAAUCGGAGCGGUGGUUCACUAUGUCGGCGAUAUACGUGUUAGAGCCUCCGACGAGGGGGAAGGUGGUGAUCACGACGACGUAUGGCCCUCUCGACAUCGAGCUCUGGCCCAAAGAGGCUCCCAAGGCCGUACGGAACUUCGUCCAGCUCUGCCUCGAAGGCUACUACGAUAACACCAUCUUUCACCGCGUUAUUAAGGGUUUUCUCAUUCAGGGCGGCGACCCCACCGGAACUGGCACAGUGUGGUUUAUCCUUGUUUGUAGGUGGUGAGAGUAUAUAUGGCGGUGUUUUUGGUGAUGAGUUUCAUUCGCGUUUGAGAUUUAAGCAUAGGGGAUUAGUUGCUUGUGCAAAUGAGGGUUCACCCAAUUCCAAUGGGAGUCAGUUUUUCAUGUCUUUGGACCGAUGCGAUUGGCUUGACCGAAAACACACCAUUUUUGGGAAGAUUACUGGCGAUUCAAUUUAUAAUCUUACGAGGUUAGGAGAAGUUGAAACUGAUAAGAAUGAUCGUCCAUUGGAUCCACCCCCAAAGAUAUUAUCAGUUGAGGUAUUGUGGAAUCCAUUUGAUGAUAUUGUACCAAGAGAACGUGUAAAAUCUAAGGAACUUUCAACAAGUGACACUGACAAUAAAGAUACGAAGAAAAAAGCUGUUAAAAAGUUGAAUUUACUUUCAUUUGGAGAAGAAGCUGAAGAAGAGGAGAAGGAAUUAGCAGCUGUAAAGAAAAAAAUCAAGAGCAGUCAUGAUGUACUCGAUGAUCCUCGUCUUCUGAAGGAUGCUAUUCCAAAUGAUGAAUUGAGUUCUGAAGCCAAAAGAGAAAAAAGGGGUGUGCAGUUAUCUGUCAGAGAAGCGCUAAACUCAAAGAAAGAGGAGUUUCAGAAGGAUUUAAAAAAAUCUUUUAGUGAUGAUGAUGGUGAUGAUGAAGAUGAGGCAAACUUUGAUGCACGAAUGCGGCAGCAAAUUCUUAGGAAAAGGAAUGAAUUGGGAGAUUUACCACCUAAGCCAAAAUUGCGUAAUGGAAAUUCGAAGACAAAGGGUCGUGAGGUAUCUCCAUCUAGGUCGGAUGAUGAACGACCUAGAAUGGAAAAACUAGCUUUGAAGAAAAAAGGAAUAGGAUCAGACGUGAGAGCUGAACGUAUGGCCAAUGCCAAUCUAGACUUACAGCUAUUGAAUGAAGCUGAAAGAGGAAGACAAUUGCAAAAACAGAAGAAGCGUAGACUUCAAGGACGUGAAGAUGAGGUUCUAGCAAGACUAGAGAAGUUCCGGAAGAACGUACUUGAGAAACCUGUGGAACCAAGCAGUGAAACUGGAAGUGGUGGCACCGAUGAGGACGUGUCUGACUGGAAAGCUGUUCGUUUAAAAUUUGCUCCUGACAGCAAGGAUCGCAUGUCUCGGAGGGAAGACCUCAAUGACUAUGUCGUUGUUGACCCACUUUUGGAGAAAGGAAAGGAGAAGUUCAAUAAAAUGCAAGCAAAGCAAAAGAGACGAGAACGGGAAUGGGCUGGCAAAUCGCUCACAUGAUGCCUUCUUUUUCAAGUUCCAACUUUACAUUACAGGGAUAUGAAUAUAUCAUAAGAUUGAAAGAAACUAAUGAGCUAAAUUGCAUGCAAAUUCGUCUUUGUCAUGUGCAGAUAUCAAAUCAAGUCUCGAUAGGAUAGAUUUGCUACAAAAGCAGUGGAGACUGGAGUUUGAGUUGCAUGUUUUUAUGGCAUAUCUUUCUUUCUCAAUCUCAAGUGCAAAAUGAGUGCCUUUGGUAUUGCUCUCUCAAUCUCUCCUUUAACCUUUUUUAUUUUUAUUUUGUUGACAAUUUUGAUUCGAAGUAGAGAGUUCAAAUAUAUUGUGUACAUACAUAGUGUAACUUUUGUUUUGUGUGCAUUUUAAUUAUUUGGGAAUAUCU